GCUGAAAAGAGUAGUUUAGCAUAUUACUUAAAGGAGUAUGAAUUCGAUAAUAAGCUGAAUAUGCCUUUCUAUCAUAUAUUUAAGUAUUAUGGAAGAACAUUAAAAGAAACUAAUGCUAUGGCGGCUGAGCAGAUGUGUGAAGUAGCUGAAUAUUGUAUUAUCGAUGCUAUUAGCUAUUAG